AUGGCGGCCGAAGAUCGCGAAGCGGAAUUGAUCCAGCUGGUCAGCGACCGCAAGUUCGCGAUGGUCCUAGAUCAGCUACGAUCACUGCCGUCUGAAGAAAUCCCGCUCCUAGGCUGGGUCAUUCUGCCCCUGGUGAUCUCCACUAGCGAUCGAAUCCAUAGCGAGGAUGACAGGUGUCCAGAUGAGGAGUCUUUCGAUAAGUUGAUAGACGAGAUCAUUUCGGUUUUGCACGGAGCAUCGACGCCCAAGGAAUUGUUGUUGAUGUACAUGGAGAGUUUACAUUCCGUGGGAACGGCAUACGUAUUCGAUGUCGUAAUGGAAAACAUCGCGGACUGCCUCGAGAAACGAAGCCCGUACUCGAGAGCCUCUCUGCUUUGGGUAUUGGAUGUCGCGAGUGGAACUUUCGAUUCCUUGCAAGCGCCAAACGAUACGAACUUCGCAAACGCGGAGGAGCGGAAGCUUAUGGACGUUGACGAGGACGUUCGCGCGAUCACCGAUCGGUACAGGACUGUCCUGAGUUUCUUGAAGAGACAAUUCUCAUUCAUGAGCGAAAGAGAUCAGCUCCACUUCAAUGCGAAAGAGCGACUUCAGAUGGCAUCUCACCUGGCGCGCGCCUUGGGAACUACUCUCGGCCUUCUGGAUCUCACACCUUGUGAUAGGGGGAAAUCGGAUAGUGAGCAACACGUACAUGCAAUGAAGCUGCUUGGAUUCAUAGAAAAAUUCAACGACCCCGUCUUCGUACUCGAGCUCGCUCACUGCCGACGACCCGCCUCCUCCGGCGCAGAGCUCAGUCUGAGCUCAUCGAGCGCCGGAGUGCUGGCUUACAUGAUUUUCUUUGAAAAAAGUUUUCCCCGGGUUUAUUCGCCAGGAUACUUAGCCGACUUGCUCUUGCCGCUAGUGCUGGAAUUACUGAGUUCACCGAGGUCGCUGCUCGUGUUGAAGGGUCUGGAUCUGAUGGAAGAGGCUCUCGUUUAUGUUGACUGCAUCGGCAGAUCCCACCCCUUGUAUUCUGUCUCUUUGAGGGUCUUGAGCCAGCUCUUCCAGAACAUGACGGCCUGCCCUCUGGAUGAAGCCCGAAGGAGGGCUCUGCUAUUAUGGAACCAGCUUUAUAAGAAGUGCCAUCCCGACAUUCAAUCGAAAUUGCUUGACUCUUUGUUCAGGAAUUGCGAUAAUCCCUCAGUGCGCGGUUUCCUCUUGGACACGUGGAGAAAGCUCUUGAUUGGUAAUGAUCAAGUCAAUGCAUCGGAAAUCGUGCAGAAACUCGUCUUCUUACCGGAGGGAGAGACCACUGAUUUGCUAGAGCACAGUGAAUAUCUCUUGGCGAGCUUGAAUUUGCUCAGGCAUUUAUUCUUGAAUCGGAUGUUGAAAAAAUUGCCCACGCUCGGAACGUACCUGGCAAGUUUCAAGAAGGGUCUACAAAUUUCGCGAGCCCACUACGAGUUGAAAUUGAAGAGUGAGAAAACUGAUGAGAUCAGAUCCUUGAUGCCGAACGUGCCAGAAGAAAUGGAGACGGAAGUUUUGGAGCGAGCUCUGAUCAGGUUUGACCUCAUGGAGAGUCUGCUCGGAAUGGUGCAAUCUUCAUAUGACACUGUUUGA